AUGGCACCGCCCACAAUUGCGAAGCUCGCCGAUGACAACUACGCCGAAUGGGUUAUCGGCAUGGAGGCCCUCCUUGUUCGCAAGGGUCUCUGGGAGGUUACGAGCGCCCCUGCUGAUGAAACCCGCCCCUCCGGCUCUGAUAACACGAAGGCUCUCCGUCGCGUCCACCGUGCCCGCGGCUUUGGUACCCGGGUCGCGCACCGGCGCGCUUUCUGGCGCUUGUCUAAGCGCCCGGAUCAAACGAUGACAUCGUGGAUUGCUGACGUCCGCCGGGCCGCCUUCCGCCUCGAGGAGAUUGACGCCUCUAUCUCCGAUGAAGACCGCAUCCUCGUUCUCACGAAUGGCCUCCCCGAUUCGUACUCUCAGCUGGUCGUCAAUCUCGACUCUACCCUGCCUAGCGAGCUUACCAUCGAUUACGUCAUCACCCGCUUACUUAACGAAGAGUCGCGCCAA